AUGGCUUCAGGAACCGUCGGCCCUUCGCCACUUAGUGGUGUGCAGGGCUCAUCGGCCUCUAAUACCGGGAGCCGAAACCCCGAUGAGAUUCAUGAAAGGGAGAAGCGCACGGUAGCUUCUGUCCGACCGCCGACACAGCGGCACCCGAACCCUUUCGUCAUCACCGAGCGGCCAGAAGAGAAACAGCUGGGAAUCUCUGCCCGGCAGUUGAGCGUCAGGGACUUCGUAUUACUGAAGACUCUCGGUACCGGUACAUUUGCCCGAGUAUGGUUGGCGAGAUUACGCGACGACAAGGCGAAACCGGACAAGGUCUACGCGCUAAAGAUCCUGAGAAAGGCCGACGUGAUCAAACUCAAGCAAGUCGAGCAUGUCCGUAACGAACGAAGGACUCUAGCGGAUGUAUCCGGCCACCCAUUUAUCACCACCCUAAUCACUUCCUUCUCUGACAACCAAAGUCUAUAUAUGCUGCUGGACUACUGCCCUGGGGGUGAGAUAUUCAGUUAUUUGCGCCGUGCGCGGCGGUUCAACGAAAACACCUCGAGAUUCUAUGCGGCCGAAAUUACAAUGACAAUCGAGUUCCUCCACAAUGCUGAGGGUGUUGUCUAUCGCGAUCUGAAGCCGGAGAAUAUCCUAAUUGACGCUGAUGGUCACAUCAAGCUUGUUGAUUUCGGUUUCGCAAAGCAGAUCGGAGACCGCGAAACGUAUACACUCUGCGGUACUCCGGAGUACCUAGCCCCCGAAGUGAUACACAAUAGUGGGCAUGGUCUUGCGGUCGAUUGGUGGGCUCUUGGGAUUCUGAUAUACGAAUUCCUUGUUGGUCAACCUCCUUUUUGGGACCAAAAUCCGAUGCGAAUCUACGAACAAAUCGUUGAAGGUCGCAUACGAUAUCCUCAGAAUAUGUCACCGGCUGCGCAGAACAUCAUCUCCUUGCUAUGCAAGACGAACCCAGCCGAGCGCCUCGGGCAUAUAUCAGGCGGCUCGGCAAGGGUACGAACUCAUCCGUUCUUUGCGGACAUCAACUGGGACGAUCUUUUCUACCGUCGUAUCAAAGGGCCUAUCAUCCCUCGUGUCGACCACCCCGCGGAUACAGGAAACUUCGAAGAAUAUCCUGAUCCUGAUCCGAAGACCCAAGCCAUAUAUACCGAGGACAUGCGGUCCAAAUAUGAGACACUCUUCAGCGACUUCUAG